AUGCAUGGACAGUCUUUGAUUGAUGGCGCUGAUGAUGCCCGUCGUCAUGGUCCUCUUUGGACAGACCCUUUUGGAAAUAAAGCCGGUGAGGCAGCACAAGGAGGCUUCAGACAGCUAAGCUUGGCCCUGGCCAGCAAGUGGCAAGAACAGGAACCAGAGGAAGAGAUAGCCAUGGAAGACAGCCCCACUAUGGUUAAACUAGACCGAGGUGAAAACCAGAUCUCAUCAAGUCAUGGGAGAAGGUGUGGCCUUAAAGUGUUUGGUUAUGUCACUGGUGACAUGAGAGAAUUUUCCAACUGGCUUAAAGACAAGCCUGUGGUACUCCAGUUCAUAGAUUGGACUCUUCGUGGUAUAUCCCAGGUGGUGUUCGUCAACAACCCUAUCAGUGGGAUCCUGAUUUUGGUGGGGCUUCUGGUCCAGAACCCCUGGUGGGCUCUCACUGGCUGUGUGGGGACAGUAGUGUCCACUCUGACAGCCCUCUUACUUAGCCAAGAAAGGUCAGCAAUAGCAGCCGGGCUCCAGGGCUACAAUGCCACCCUGGUGGGAAUACUCAUGGCUGUAUUCUCAGACAAGGGCAACUAUUUCUGGUGGUUACUAUUCCCUGUAUCUGCUGUGUCCAUGACUUGCCCAAUUUUCUCAAGUGCAUUGAACUCCGUGUUCAGCAAGUGGGACCUCCCUGUCUUCACCCUUCCUUUCAACAUGGCAUUGUCUAUGUACCUUUCAGCCACAGGACAUUACAAUGCAUUCUUUCCAAGUAAACUAGUCACACCUGUAACCUCUGUGCCCAAUAUCACUUGGUCUGAGCUCAGCGCCCUACAGCUAUUGAAGUCCCUGCCAGUGGGGGUCGCUCAGAUAUAUGGCUGUGAUAACCCAUGGACAGGGGGCAUUUUCCUAUGUGCCAUCCUGCUUUCCUCCCCACUCAUGUGCCUGCAUGCUGCCAUUGGAUCAUUGCUGGGAGUAGUGGCUGGACUCAGUCUUGCAGCUCCAUUUAAAGACAUCUACUUUGGACUCUGGGGUUUCAACAGUUCUCUGGCCUGCAUUGCAAUUGGUGGAAUGUUCGUAGCACUCACCUGGCAGGCCCACCUCCUAGCUCUUGGCUGUGCCCUGUUCACUGCCUACCUCGGAGCCUCUAUGGCACACCUAAUGGCUGGGAUUGGACUACAAUCUUGUACUUGGCCAUUCUGUUUGGCCACAUUGCUGUUCCUCUUGAUGACCACGAACAACUCCAAUAUCUGCAGGAUGCCCCUCAGUAAAGUCACUUACCCUGAAGAGAACCGUGUCUUCUUCCUGCAGAACAAGAAAAGGAUGGUUGAAGGCCCUCUGUAA